GGAAGCUUGAUUGUCCAACGUAAGCCCUGUCAUGAAUAAAGAGCAUCGAAGAAGGGCUCAAUUACAGCUGUCCCCUUCCCACCUCCACAUCCAAAGCAACCUGCUCCAAGUAGACAGAAUCUCUGCACCAAAUGGUCAAGCUCAGAAUGGAUCACACCCUGGAAAGCCUAAAAGGAAACGGACGCAGUUGACCGAUGAACAACGAGAAAAGAUGAAAUCAUACGCUGAGCACGCUGGAUGGACAAUCGUUGGCCAGCGCAAAGAAAAUAUCGCCGCAGCCUGCAAAGAUAUCGGUGUAACACCCAAGACUUUGAAGUAUUGGAUCCACAAUGCGAAGCAGAAGCUGAAGCGAUCACAUGAUCAAGCGCUGUAGCAUCCUCACACCACAUAAACCUUCGCAGGUUGACGUGAAGUCAAAGGUGGAUAAUCUAACUG